ACGACAAAAAACUCUCCUACAAAAACCACGCUUCAUACCCACCAUAAAACCGCCAUUUGUAUUCCCACUUCAAUUAUAAUUUUCUCUCUCCUACAUUAUAACAACAAACAAAUUUCACAAACCCAGAAAAAAGUUUAUUCAAUCUUCAAUUUCAAUUCAAUGGCAGAUUUGUUAAGCAAUCGAGGAGAAGAUCAAAUUAUUAUGGAGGGAGUUGAUUAUUUUGAUCUGAUUCCAGACCCAAUUCUUAAUUUGAUCUUCAAUAAGAUUUUUGAUGCGAAAUCAUUAUGUCGAUGUCUUCUUGUUUCUAAGAGAUUUGCGACGAUUGUUUCUGAGGUUGAUUCAAUCUCAAUCCAAAUGAGUAAUAAUCAUAGUAAUGGGAGUAUGAAUCAGCCGAAAUCGAAGAAACCCAGUGAAGAAUCUGCGAAAUUAUCAACUGGGUCAAAGAAUUUUUUCAAGAAUUCUAUCUUUAAGUUCAUCUGUAAGCCGAUUAAUCUUCUUCAACAGGCGAUUUCAAGCAAGAAGAUGGCUAAAAAUGGAGGUGGGGUUGAUAUUAUGAAAUGGGUUGGAAAUACUUUGAAGAAUUUCCAGGAUAUUGAGUCGAUUAAGCUCGAGCUCCCCUGCCAUGGCGGCGAAAUCGGGAUCAACAAGAACAUUCCAUUGUUGAAAUGGGAAGCUGAGUUUGGAAAAGAGAUGGAGAUGUGCGCAAUUUUAGGGGCAACUUCGAUUGUUGAGAGGAGAGAGAAAAAGGGGUCAGAAAUUGAGGGUGAAAAUGAGGUGCAGGUUUUUUCAGAUGAAGAGCUGAAAUUGAGGAUUAUUUGGAUCAUUUCUUGUUUGAUUGCAUCAUCAGCUAGGCAUAAUUUGGUGAAAAAAAUGGUGAAUCAAUGUCCAAAGUUAAGCAACGCGGUAGUUUCGGAUGCUGGGAAACAGGGGAAGCUCUGUAUGAAUGCAAACCAGAUUCAAGAUCUCAAGGACUCAAUCCAGAUUGCAACAGUCAAUGCUAGCAAAGGUGAAAACCCGGGAUCGGAAUCGGAAUCGGAACCCGAAACCUCAGGUGAAUCAACAACAGCAAUGGCUUAUGCAGGGAAUUUGGUGAUGAAAAUGUGGUAUGUCAAGGAAUUGGAAUUGCCCAAUUCAGGGAAAGUGAUGAAAGGAGCAACAUUAGUUGUGAUUAAGCCUGAAAAGAAAGGAAAUAAUGGUGAAGAAAAAGAAAAAGAAAAGGAAAAGAAAAGUGAUGGAGUGAAUAUGUUGAAAGCUUUUCAAGGUGAAGAUGUUUUUGAAGAAGCUGCAAAGAAAUUGUUGAAGGGGAAAGAAAGGAGAAUGUAUAGAUUAGAAAUGAAUUCCUUCUGAGUUUUCUUUUUUUUUCUUUUUUUUUUUUUUUUUUUUUUUUGGUUUGAUUUCCAUUUUGUUGCUAAUAUUUUGUUUUUAAUUUUGUAGUUUGUGUAUACAUGAUACAUAUAUGAGAUUAAUUCCAACUUAGUUUAUCUAA